GGCCCUGCCUGUGUAGAGCCCACCAAUAAUAAUAGCCCAGGAAGACUAAGAAACACGUCUUUCCUGCUCUCCCUGUUUGGCCGGCUACCGAUGAUGGCGGGUACGAGGCUCCGAUUCUCUUGAGGAUUUUUGGGAAUGCUGGAGGGUCCAAUGGAGGCUGCCGAGCACGCCAGGAUCUUGCCAGGUAACAGCAGCCCUUCGGGGGGCCAGCAACUGAAUUACCAUUCUCUGGAGCAGAGCCUCUCUAAAUCCUCCACGGAAGUGAAGGGUUACCAGAGGAAGAUAUGGAAGACCUGCCUCUGCCACUCGGUCUCCCUGCUCACUCUGGGGCUGCCCCUCGUCAUCUUCCACUGGAAGCCGCACCUGGAAAUCUACGCCAAAUGCACUCCCUGCCCCCUGCGCCAGGCAGACUGGGUGCUCAUCCGAGAUCAGCAGGGACAGUGUUUCGCAUCCAGGGUCCACACAGAGCAGAUGGAAGAUGGCAGCCUCGAAUCCAGAACGGACGAAGGGAGAAGCGCUAUCGCCGUGGGCGUUUCGGAUGACCAAGCAAGAAGCCGGGACACCAUACGGCUGCACCAGAAGGAAGAGAAGAACGUCCUUCGCUAUUACUCCUUCGAAGGCGUGCGCUAUGUCUGGGUAGAAAGGCGGCAGGCCUACUGCCGGGCCAGCACGUUGAAUGAAGGCUGGACGUGUUCCGAUCUCCACCUCUCCUGCGGUGGCCUGAGCAUCCAGGAGCAAUCAGCCAGAAAGAUGAUUUAUGGUCCCAACCUGAUUGAUGUGCCGGUGAAGUCCUACCUCAGGCUGCUGAUGGAUGAGAUCUUGAACUUAUUCUACCUUUUCCAAGUGUUCAGCAUCAUCUUAUGGUUCUGUGAAGAAUACUACUCCUACGCGGCCUGCAUCUUUAUCAUUUCCACCAUCUCCAUCGGACUCUCCCUCUACGUCACCAAGAAGCAAAACAGGACUCUCCGGGACAUGGCCAAAGUGGUGAGCAGCGUGCAAAUCUGCCGACCUUCUGGAGAGAAAGUGGUGGUGAGUUCAGUGGAUCUCGUGCCAGGAGACAUCCUCGUCAUCUCUCCGGAGGGGAUGCUGGUUCCCUGCGAUGCCGCGUUGCUCAACGGCGAGUGCGUGGUCAACGAAAGCCUUUUGACCGGGGAGAGCACACCAGUCCUGAAGACCUCUUUGCCCAAAGGCCCGGAAGAGGCCAACACCACCUAUUCCUCCGAAGACCACAAACGACACACCCUGUUCUGUGGGACGCAAGUCAUCCAGGCCCGACCCUGUGGAGAAGCGGACGUCUUGGCAGUUGUGACACGCACUGGCUUCUACACAGCCAAAGGGGAUCUCAUCAGCUCCAUCCUUCACCCCAAGCCGCUGAAGCUCAGGUUUCAUAACGAUGCUUGGAAGUUUGUCACCUUCUUUGCCAUCUUGGCCGUCAUAGGAACCAUCUACAGCAUCAUCAUCUUAAGGAGAAACAAGGUUUCCCGGUGGCUGAUAGCCCUCCGUGCUCUGGACAUUGUGACAGUGGUUGUUCCCCCAGCCUUACCAGCUGCGAUGACAAUGGGCACCAUGUACGCUCAAAGCCGUCUGAAACGCCAGGGCAUUUUCUGUGUCAGUCCUCAACGCAUCGAUCUCUGUGGGAAGGUGCGCCUGGUUUGCUUCGACAAGACAGGGACCCUUACCGCUGAUGGCAUGGACAUCUGGGGAGUCAUUCCCCAGGCCGGCAGCUCUUUUCUGCCCAUCAUUCAUGAGCUUCGUUGCCUGGAUGACGGGCCGCUGCUCCGCUGUCUGGCCACCUGCCAUACCCUCUCUCUGCUUGGAGAUCAGCCCAUAGGUGACCCAGUGGAUCUCCGGAUGGUGGAGUCUACUGGAUGGUCUCUGGUAGAAACCGAAGAGCCAGAGGUGAAGGCCUGCCUGGAACAGGACUUUGGGACCGGAGCUCUGCUUGUCAUGGCUCCUCCACUGCUACGAGAGCAGCUCCCCGGCAUGAAGCACCCCGUCCCCGUGGCUGUCCUCCGUCGCUUCCCGUUCUCUUCAGCUCUGCGGAGGAUGAGUGUUCUGGGGAAGGGUCCCGGCCACAGCCCCGUGGAGGCUUUCAUGAAGGGAGCUCCGGAGACGGUGGCCGGCCUCUGCAAGAAAGAAUCAGUGCCCCAGGAUUUCCCACAGCAGCUGCACCGGUUCACAAGCGACGGGUUCCGUGUUCUGGGACUUGCUUACAAGCCCUCGGUGGCCGUGGGGAGCUUCGAAGAAGCCCAGGAAGUGACCAGAGACUGGGUGGAAAUGGACAUGAUCUUCCUCGGGCUCCUAGUCCUCAAGAACGUCCUCAAGCCCGAGACGGCACCAGUCAUCUGUGUGCUGCGCAGUGCAGGGAUUCAAACCGUCAUGGUCACAGGGGACAACAUGCUCACUGCAGUCAACGUGGCAAGGAGCUGCCACAUGGUGGAGGCGAAGGAGCGUGUCGUGUUCGUGAAUGCCGAGCCUCCCAGCCGAGGCAAGGUAGCUGCCCUCACCUUCACUCCUUCAGAGCAGGUCAAGGAUGCGCAGCAGCCAGAGAGCGACUUCCAGGAACAGCAGCCGUACUCCUUUGCCUUGAACGGGAAAUCCUUUGCGGUCCUCUGUGAGUGCUUCCCAGCCCUCCUGCCCAAGAUAUUAGUCCAAACCACUAUUUUCGCACAGAUGUUACCUGACCAGAAAACUCGCUUGGUUGAGCAUUUGCAACAUCUGAACUACUGCGUGGCCAUGUGUGGAGACGGGGCCAACGACUGUGGAGCUCUGAAAGCAGCCGACGUGGGCAUCUCGCUCUCCGAAGCGGAGGCCUCAGCGGCAGCGCCGUUCACUUCCCAGAGGGCCAAUAUCGAGUGCGUCCCCAUCACCAUUCGGGAGGGAAGAUGCUCUUUGGUCACCUCCUUUGGCCUCUUCAAAUACAUGGCAUUCUACAGCCUCACGCAAUUUGUUUCUGUGCUCCUGCUAUAUACGCUCAACACCAACCUGAGUGAUGGGCAGUUCCUGUUCAUCGAUCUCAUCAUCACCACCACGAUAGUCGCUCUCAUGGGCAAGACAGAGCCUGCCGAGGACUUGGGCCUCAAGCGCCCACAGGGAGCCCUGGUCAGCCUUGCCGUCCUGGGCAGCCUUUGCCUCCAAACGGCUCUCAUCGUCGCACUCCAGGUCAUCAUCUACUUCAUCACUGUCUCUCAACGGUGGUUCACCCCUCUGAACAGCACUCUGUCAGCCCCUGCAAACCUCCCCAAUUAUGAGAACACUGUUGUCUUCUGCACCUCGGGAUUCCAGUACCUCAUCCUGGCGGUGAUCGUGUCCAAAGGCCGUCCUUUCCACAAGCCGCUUUAUACCAAUGUGCCGUUUUUGAUGGCUUUGCUCUUGCUCGCUGGCGUCAUGAUCUGGUUGACCGUCUACCCACUGGCCUUCAUGCAAAAGUUCCUGCGCCUGAAGAACGCUGGCGACCUGAGCUUCAAAGUGAUCUUGCUGGGAAUGGCUGCUCUCCACUUCUUCACGGCUUUCUUGUUGGAGGUGGGCUUGGACCACGGCCUGCUGAACGGUUUCCGGAAGCUGCGACGCAAGAAGGCAUCGAAAAAGCUGUACAAGCAGCUGCAGUGGGAGCUUAGCCAGGAGAAGAGCUCAUGGCCGCCUCUCCACACUCCUGUCUUUGCCCCCAACAGACACUCCUCGGCUGCAAGAUGACGCCAGUCGGUGACUUUCUGCCUGGAGGGAAGGCCCGCUGAGUCUCUGCCGAGGUUCCUUUUUGGAUCUAGCGCCUUUCUCCCAGCAGAUCCUCUCCCGAGAUCCGCUGGGAUCCUCCAUCGACGGACCAAGGCAACUCUGAGACUCCUCUUCCCCUGUGGCAUUUCUCACUCUUGUAAAAACAUCGGAGAAGGGAACAAACUUGCAUUUCUCUUUAAGCCACACAACCGAUAGCGGAGUUGCUGUGCUGCAGAGGACCAAUCUUCACCAGCCUCUCAGCCGAAGCCACGAGAAGUUACCAAGAUUUCUGGCCAAUCUGGGGAGGGUGGGUGGGUGGGUGACAUCUUCCUUGAAUCCACUCCUCCUCAAGCAGCCUUUUGUGUGUGUGUGUGUGCGUUGUUGUUGUUUUUAACGCAUGUUGGCUAGGAGAAAGCCGGAGGAGACAUCCCUUUGUCCAAGGUGAAAACGAUGUCCCCUUUGCCCAACGACUUUCGGGCCUUUUGGCUGCCGGACAGGGAAUUUCAGCACUUGCAGAACUUGUCCCACGUCAGAACUUCAAGCCAGAGGAAGAUGAAGGGUUUGUCUCCAAGGGAUGCUCCCUGGCCAGUCUGGGAAUCGACUCCCUUCCACGGAAGGUCGUCUUCUUUCCACCGCGAAGAGACCUGCUCUGCUCUGCCUGGGCUCCUGCCAUUUCUAUUGAUGAAGGAUUCUUCAUUAGCUUCCCGCGGACGGGCAACUUUGGGGGGCGGGAUGGCUCCUUUACCACUCCAACUGAAAAAAAAGGGAGCCCGUGGAAGAGAGGACCAGAAAAGAGCUGGGACAUUCCGUCUGUUUUGCUUCGGUUAGGAUUUUCUCGUGCGUGUGUGUGUGUGUGUGAGAGAGAGAGAGUAUAUAUAUACAGUAUGUAUAUAGGUAGUCCUCAACUCCACAGCAGAGUCCAAAAUUUAUGUUGCUAAGGGAGACGUUUGUUAAGCGAGUUCCCCCCUCCUUUUUUUAGCCACAAUGGUUAAGCGUAUCAGUGCAGUUCUCAAAAUCAGUGACACCGUUGUUAAGGGAAGCUGGCUUCCUUGCCCGACUUUGGUCGCGAAAGGGGAAUGUGGGACCCCAUUCCAAGACACUCCACACCGCCAUAAACAUGAACCGCUUGCCAAGCAUCCGAAUGUAAAUCACGUGACCAUGGGGAUGCUGUAGUGGGUCAUAAGUCACUUUUUUCAGUGCUGUCGUAACUUCGGUCUCUGAGCGAACUGUUGUACAUCGAGGACUAUCUGUAUAUGUAUAUAUACAUAUAUACAUUGUAUGUAUCAGAGGCGCAUAUUCAGCAGGUUCUGACCGGUUCUGGAGAACCGUUUGUGGAAAUUUUGAGUCGUUCGGUGAACCGGCCAAUCCCACCUCUGACUGGCCCCGCCAAACCCACCUAUUCUCCGCCUCCCAUUGAGUCACAGC